GGGAAGAGUGGGGCGCGGCUCUGCCCACCAGCGUCGGGGCUGUGGUUGUCGACGUUUGCUUGGGGGUAGCGAUACGGUCUCUAGCAUGUGAAGGGUGUGCGCUUCCCAAGAAUGAAGGGAGAGGGAAAUCUGGACUUUGAAGGGCCGGAAAACGAGUUGUGGUUCUGCCACUUGGUGGCUAGAGAGCGUGAGCAAGUCGCUUCACCUCUUUAAACCUGCCUUACCUCAGUUUUCCAAAGAGGGCUGACGUCGCUGAGCGCUCUGAAAUGUGGGGAGAGCCCAGGGCGAAGUUGCUGCAGGUGCUGUCAGCUCCACAUUGGUGAGCUGAGGACGAUUUUAAGAAGUCCGUGGUGUUACUGGAUUUCACUGAAAUAUUUUGUGUUAGAAUUCGGGACUUCUUCUAGAGAUAUAAAGAGGAUAGCGACAGAAGACUUUCUCACUUUAUUUUUCUUUGUUUUAAAUCUUGCCCCGUCUCCCCAGCCUGGCCCAGCCCAGCCCUCUGCCUAAGGGCCUCAUAGCUGAACCGAGCUAUGCAGAUUUGGCCCGCGCGUUUUAAAAAGGAUAUUCUUUCUCUAUCACCGUGAGGUCGUUUAAUUACAUUCUGCAGUUAUUCCGACAUUCAUUUGGAUCUUUCUGGAAGGGAGGCUGUGUCAUAAAUUAUGAAGACUUUAGCCCAAUCAAUAAAACCAUGAUAAAUUUUUUUUUUUAACUUUGGCCGGUCACUCAUUAUGAUGUAUGUCCUCCUUGCCGGCAGUUGUGCUAAGAAGUGGGAAUACAAGGACGAUUGAGAUACAAUUUUUUUAAUGUAUUUAUCCCAUACUAAAUUGCCUUAGUCAUCCUUAUCCAGUUGUUAAUUUUAUAAGACCAUCAGAUAACCUGGAUCUGCAACCUAAUGAAACAUUUUUUAAAAAUUCAAUGCCCAGAGGCAUCAAAUAAUGUCAUCUGAAAUAUUACCAGCAUUUAGUGAGACUUCUAAUGUUGAAAGAAAGCAAGACUUAAAUGAAGACCAAGAGGAGAAUCAGAAACCAGGAUCAGGUGAAGGGUUUGAACCAAUAUCUAAACGGCAAAUGAAGAAACUAAUGAAGCAGAAACAAUGGGAAGAACAAAGAGAACUCCGCAAACAAAAGAGGAAGGAAAAACGCAAGAGAAAGCAAUUAGAGCGACAGUGUCAACUGGAAUCAAACUCAGAAGGAAGUGACAGAAAACGUAUUCGAAGAGAUGUUGUUUACAGCCCACUCCGCCUUAUCAUUGACUGCAGUUUUGAUAGCCUGAUGGUAUUAAAGGACAUUAAGAAACUUCAUAAGCAGAUUCAACGAUGUUAUGCAGAAAAUCGACGAGCACUGCAUCCUGUGCAGUUUUACUUGACAAGCCAUGGAGGCCAGUUGAAAAAGAACAUGGAUGAAAAUGACAAAGGAUGGGUCAACUGGAAGGAUAUCCACAUCAAACCAGAGCACUAUAGUGAAUUCAUACAGAAAGAAGAACUGAUUUAUCUUACAUCAGAUUCACCUAAUAUACUAAAGGAAUUAGAUGAAUCAAAGGCCUAUGUGAUUGGAGGAUUAGUAGAUCACAACCAUCACAAGGGACUAACGUAUAAACAAGCAUCAGAACAUGGAAUUGAUCAUGCACAGCUCCCCCUUGGAAAUUUCGUGAAGAUGAAUAGUAGAAAAGUUUUGGCAAUUAAUCAUGUGUUUGAGAUUAUUCUGGAAUACCUAGAAACAAGAGACUGGCAAGAAGCAUUUUUCACUAUCUUACCCCAAAGAAAAGGAGCUGUUCCCACAGACAAAGCCUGUGAAAGUUCUUCACAUGAGAAGAAGUUCGCCAGAGUUGAAGGUGGAUUGAACAGUGAUUCCAGUGAGGAGGAAAAUAGAAAUGAACUAGAUUCACCACAUAAGGAAGAAAAGCAGGAUAAAGAAACUAGCACUGAAUCUACAGUGAACUCUAUACUACACUAAUGUCAUCUUUUUUUUUUUCUUAAGUGUAAGGAAAAUUAGGAGAAAAUGAAUAUAGAAUUUCAUAGAAUAUUUUAUAGAAUAUUUGAAAUGGGAGAAACUUUCAUUUUCUCUUAUUUCUGUUGUGAAUUUUUUAAUCUUUCUUUUUUUAGAACUAAGUGAUAAA